AUGAGCCUCGCUUGCACUGCGAAAGCAGUCCUGCUGCUCUUGACCGGGGCUGUCGUCAGCUUCGGAAGAAAAAUCGUGCAGGACCACGGCGCUUCGAUGGAGACGGACUCUGCAGACAAGGAGUUUGGAAUGGCCGGCUUUCAGCGAUUUGAAGCGAAGGCCAUGGAAUUGCUGGCUCACCUAGAGAGCCAAGUUGAGAACCAAAGCCACGGGCAGGAAGCUGCCAUGCAGCUGCUGGCAAAGCUGGAAAGCAAAAUCAACAGCUCCGAUGCUCACCGCAAGAUUGAGCAGGAUGCACCGCAGAUCGUCACCAUACCGCAACCGGCCAUGCUUCCAGCGCGCAAUACAUCGAAUUCGAUGGAAAUGUUCGAGGGAUGCAAGGCUUCCAGCCCUGUGGAGGCAUUGCUCCGACGAGCCAGCCAAGUGCACGAGGAAGAAACCCAGGAGACUCUCAAUGAGUCGACCUCGGGUGCAAGGUGUAAACUGUACGAGACGCCAAUCACGCUUUACCGAUGGGAUGAAGCAACUGCCAGCAGCAGCUGCUGCGACAGCCGCAGCCAGGACUGCAGCGGAUGUGAGAAGAUGGGGAAGGGCAAGUGCGACGUCCGCGAAACCGCUUUUGCCAAGCUCGAGGGAGACGAUAUGCACACUGCGUGCAUGGACAUUACCUGGGUGGACGUCAAAGGGAGGACGUGUCGGCAGUUGAGUUCUGCGGACUGCAACGACUUCCGGUUCCAGGGCACGAGCAGCCGAGAAGCCUGCUGCAAGUGCGGAGGCGGUAUCAAAACGGCUACUCCUUUCAAGUACGACGACUACACGUACAUUCUUGGUGAGCAAGUGUCCUUGUGGCCGCAGCCUCGCACCGCCACACGCUACGGUCUCAACGAGAACUGCGAAUUUGCCCUGUACAACUUGACCUUGAACGGUGCGACUGGCGAGGUGACCUUCAUCAAGGGCGCCGGGAAGCCCAAGGACCCUUUCAAAAUCAGCUGCAAGGUCACGGCCUUCCAGCCGCAUCAUCUGUUCUUCACGGCCACUGUGACAGUGGCGAUGGCCGAGCUGUCAUACGGCCCUUCUGUACUGCUGUUCACUGCGAAGACGACGCGCUAUUCCCUGCAGAAGUUCGCUCCACCCAAGAGCCAGUGGAAGGACUUCCAAAAGAUGUGUGCGCCGGAUGCAAAGUGGGUGACGAUGGACAGCACGGGGGACUUGAAGCUCGCUGCGGCGCCAGAGACAGGUGCGGUGGACAGCGUGAAGGACCUCUACAAAGGCCAGACGGGGACGGUCUGCCAUGUCUCUGCGCUGCUGCGAAAGAGCCCAACUGCAGACUGGGAGAAGAAGUCCGUCGAUUUUAUCCUCGUGAAGCCGAGCCCCGCGAAGAAGUUGUCCUACUCUACGAGCCUCAUCGCCAGCUCCAUUUCGCAAGUGGUGCCGCCGGUUCUUCCAGUGCCCUUCAAGGAAGGCGAGAUGACGCCCAAUGCUUAUACGAUGCGCUGCGACAAGGCGGGCUUCACCUUCGACAGCAUCCACGGCAUCGGGUUCUACAACGGCCAUCCCCUGCUGGAACUGCAGCCCAACGGCCAGCUGAGCCUGAACAUCGGUCCCUCCUUUGUACACAUCUUCGACAGCAUGGGCAGCAGCAAGCACAACAAGAAGAUCGGCUUGCUGGACUUGAAGCUGAAAUGCCGCAUCUUCGGGUCCUUCGGGGAUCCAGACCUCGCGCCCAUCUCUGCACGAAUGGACAUCGCGGUGUCGGAUUCCACCUGUUGGGUGGAGGAGAAGAUCCCUUGUCGAACUACACAUCGCUGGACCCACGUGACCAGCCAUGCGCAAUGCCAGCACACGUGCAGGAGCACCGCCAGCUGCUCUCACUACAAAUACUGGCGGCAUGGAAGGACCGCCUACUGCUACGACACCAAGCUGGACGAGACGAAGACCAGCACCUGCACUGUGUGGUCCAAAGUCCCGGACUGCAAUCCCAUGAACACCUGCGUCAAAGUGGAUGCACCCACCUGGCUGGAACGAGGCAUCUAUUGCCCCGUGGGCUACGACAUCGACCGGCAGAGCAUGACGUACCUCAAGGCCGCGAGGGCCUGCGUCACCAAGUAUGGAUUCGACACUGCGGAUGGAAAGACUCCGAAGGAGACGAUCUAUCUGCGCCGGUACAAGGCCGGUGUUGACCAGACCGUGGAUGGCUGCAACAACGGCGGAUGGUUGCUGCAAGAGAAGGACCCGAACGACUUCAUGAGCUUGUCGAAAGGGAUCUUCGAGUUCUCCGGACCUCUUGUCGGCUGCCAGGUGAAGGGGGUGAGCUACACCGGCCUUCCUUGCGAGCAGCCGGGAAACAUCACAGAGGAAGGAGCCGACAUGCAGCCGAUCAUUUUGGACGACCCGAACACAAAGGAUCCUGCUGACUUCUGGCUCCAUCCCUGUCCACUUGCGCAUGGCUCCUUAGAGCUGAAGCAUUGCCGCUUUGAGAUUUUGGACGCCAUCAAGGCUUCCGGGAUGGGAUUUAGGAUUGUGCAAGCAAGGCGAGCUGAGCCACAGUUGACAUCGGUGUCCGGUGGAUUCCAGGGCAGUGACUUUUCUGUUUUCGCACAGAUGCCACCAGAGUCUGUCGACGAUUUUGUUCCGUCCCCGAUGAUGAUCGUUGAAGGGCAGUUUGUCUGUCCCCCCGGGUACAUGCUGGGGGAUGGGCCCAUCUUCGAGAGCGACAUCGAGUCCAUGGAGAUCGGGGACUGCGAGAUCAAAUGCAAGAACAAUGACGACUGCCACUUCUUCUGGCACGGCUCGCAGCAUUCUGCCAACACAUGCCGGUUGUACUCGAGGUGCGACAAUCUUCUCCGAGAGCCCGGUGUAGAGGGCGUGCUGAAAGCGGUGCCUCGUUCGCCCAUCUGCCUCGUCAACAACCCCGAGAUGUGCUGGACCAAAACGAUGCGACGCUACGCUCUGACCAGUGCGGAGCCACCCAGCGAGUUCCAAUUCCUGUACUGGAACCUGCAUGCGCAGUGCGACUACAUGCUCUUGCUUGGAGGCUGGGGAGUCAGCGGCUGCGCGCGGCCGUCCCACCGCACACUGAAAAGCCAUCGCUGGAACCACAAAAGGCUUUUGCCGGAGGAGUUCGCUCAUGGCACAAGGCUGAAGGCAGCCAUGCUCUGCCACCAACAGGGGGAUGUGUGUGCGUGUGUUCGCAGCCGGCCCCUCCCCAGCUCAAGAACCUUCCUGCGGCUUCCUGCACGAUCGUUGCUGGGUGUGUCUUCCUUGUCCAGGUGCGAAGAAGAGCGAAAAAGGGAUGUUGCUGCCAUCUCCCAUUCCUGCUGA